AUGCCCCGUAUCCAGGUGACACAACCGGACAUAAUCAUAAAGUUGUUCUUGUUCUUCAACAGUAAAAAAUCGGGACAAAUGAUCAACUCCACGUUUAAACAGAAUUCGGCGAAAGAAGUCUUGCCCAACUCCCCUGCACAACAUGCAGGCCUGGUUGCACAUUCUGAUUACAUUGUGGGCUAUGAUCACGGAAUUGAUUUCUUUGAUCUUGUAAGUGAAUCAGUCGGAAAGCCCAUUAAUCUGUUUGUUUAUAAUUCGGAUACCAUCAAGUGCAGAGACGUAGUUGUAGUCCCCAGUGAAACUUGGGGGAAUUCCAG